AUGGCAUAUGAGGUCCAAGAAAACCAGAGUUCUGAGGCUACAUUUAUUCUAUUGGGAUUCUCAGAAUAUCCAGACCUCCAGGUGCCCCUGUUCCUAUUAUUCUUAACCAUCUACCUAAUCACCGUGCUUGGGAAUUUGGGCAUGAUUUUCAUUAUCAAGGUCAAUCCCAAGCUCCACCCACCAAUGUACUACUUCCUCAGCCAUUUAUCCUUUGUUGAUUUCUGUUACUCUACAGCUGUCACUCCUAAACUCUUAGAAAACUUGAUUGUGGAAGACAGAACCAUCACCUUUUCAGUUUGCAUCACUCAGUUCUUCUGUGCGUGCAUAUUUGUAUUGACAGAAAUCUACUUGUUGGCUGUGAUGGCCUAUGAUAGGUUUGUGGCUAUAUGUAACCCUCUGCUCUACACAACAGCAAUGUCCCAGAAGCUUUGUGCCAUUUUGGUGGGUGCAUCAUAUUCUUGGGGUAUCAUUGUUUCUAUAACUUUCACUUACUUUCUAUUGAGUUUAUCUUACAAAGGGAAAAAUGUCAUAAAAAACUUUUUUUGUGAAUAUGAUGCCGUCAUGGCUACUUCUUAUUCUGACUCUUACAUUAUUCGCGAGAUCACUUUUGUGUUUACUCUCUUUAAUGAAGUAAGCACCCUUCUUAUUAUUCUAACAUCCUAUGCUUUCAUUUUUAUCACAAUCAUGAAGAUGCCUUCUACAGGAGGGAGACAGAAAGCCUUCUCCACCUGUGCCUCCCAUCUAACUUGUAUUAGCAUCUUUCAUGGGACCAUCCUUUUUCUUUAUUGUGUUCCUAACUCCAAAGAUUCAUGGCUCCUGAUUAAGGUGGCCUCUGUCUUUUAUACAGUGGUCAUCCCCAUGCUGAACCCACUGAUCUAUAGUCUUAGGAAUAAAGAAGUAAAAGAAACAAUCAAAAGGUUACUCCAUACUAAACUGUACUGUUGUAAAAUAUAA